AUGGCAACCGACCCAAACAAGCUAUCCACGGCUUUCGCAAACACGCCCCUCGCAAACCACGGCCAGAAAUGGUCCGCGUUCUGGGAAGAGAAAUUCACCCCCUGGGACCGCGGCGGGCCCUCCCUAGCCUUACUGGACAUCAUCACCACCCGUCCGGACCUCAUCCCGCCUCCUCCUCCCACCGCCUCAUCGCCCGCGGGACAACAGCAGAGGAAGCACACGGCCCUCGUUCCCGGAUGUGGUAAAGGCCACGACGCCCUCCUCCUAGCAAACCUAGGCUACGACGUCCUCGGCCUCGACUUUUCGCCCACGGCCAUCGCCGAGGCAAAGGAGAAUCAGAAGGCUGUAGUUGCUGCGGCGCCGACCGGGGACGGUAAUGGAGAUGGAGCAGAGCCGGACGUGAACGCCAUACGCCAGCCAAACGGCGCCGAACCGGGUUUCGUGACGUGGCUCUCGGGCGACUUCUUCUCCGACUCGUGGCUCGAGGCCUGGCCCCGCGAGGACAAGACGUUUGACCUCAUCUUUGAUUACACUUUCCUCUGCGCCCUCCCCCCAACAGCCCGCCCCCAAUGGUCAGCCCGCAUAUCCUCUCUCCUGAACCCCGCCACCGGACGCCUCAUCUGCCUCGAAUUUCCGUCCGGCAAACCUCUUUCCCAGCCGGGCCCGCCGUGGGGCCUGAACCCGGAUAUCUACCUCGCCCUGCUCACCCGCCCCGGCCAACCCCUCGAGUUCUCGGCUUCGACGCUGGCGGGCGACGAGGCCGACGUCGUUGUCGUUCCCCCGGCCGCGAACGAGGAUGGCGGGGAAGGCACCGCCGGUCUGAAGCGGUUGGCGCUCGUCAAGCCUAGUAGGACGCAUCGCGCUGGUAUGAAUGAGGAUGGCUCAGUUCGCGAUUGGAUUCAUGUCUGGAGUCACUGA